AUACUCGUCUGCUGUGUUCCCGCGACAUCCCUUCCUUCCAACCAAGCCCACAACUCUCUCGCGCCGUUGUGACCCUCCCUAGCGCAGAAUCCGGAGGAUUCUAUUAUUAGGUGGUUGUAGGAAAAGGACGCGCCGUAUUUCCGCCUGCGCGAGCAGUCCGCCUUAAAACGCGACUGAGAUCAUCGACCGUACUGAACAGGCUCACCCGUGCGCUGCAGAGUAGUAGGCGCUUGUGACGCGUAGUCCAGUCGCCGCUAGUCCGUCGCGGACUGGCCGCAUGGUGCAGCUGCAGAUCGAGUUUAGCGGAGGCCUGGAGCUGCUGUUCGGCGGAGAGAAGAAGCACAGCGUCGAUGUGACAGUGGCGGGGGAGGAUGACCAGCUGUCCAUGGCGCCACUGCUUGUGUGGAUGCGGGACAACAUGCUCAAAGAACGACCAGAGAUGUUCCUCAAGGGAGACACCGUGAGACCGGGCGUGCUGGUGCUAAUAAAUGACACAGACUGGGAGCUUACAGGCAACCUCGAGUCUACAGUAGAAGACGGCGAUAGAGUCACGUUUAUUUCCACACUACAUGGCGGCUAAGAUUUUAGAUAUUACCAUGUGUAAAAUAUUUCACCUGUAACUAGGGCGCUACGUUCCUGUACAGGGAGUGUUGCCUUGUUUGAGUCGAGCCUUCCACCCCUU